AAUAGAGCAUGUUUGAGAGACCUGCACAGUACAGACCCUGAGGACGAUAAGAAGCGCAUCCAAAUGACCAAGGGUGGUCUGCUACGAGACUCAUAUGCCUGGAUUCUGACAAACGAUGCGUUCCAGCAAUGGCGCAAUGACCCCCAAUGCCCCCUUCUCUGGAUCAGGGGUAAUCCUGGAAAAGGGAAGACGAUGCUGUUAUGCGGCAUUGUGGAUGAGCUGGAGAAAUCCACUGCCUACAACCUCGCUUACUUCUUUUGCCAACAGACCGACUCUCGUAUUAACCAUUCAGUGGCUAUUCUGCGUGGUCUGAUAUUUAUGCUAGUCCGCAAGCAGCCGUCUCUUAUGCCACAUAUCCGAAAAAAAUACGACGAUGUGGGCAAGGCCGUGUUUGAAGAUCAAAAUGCUUGGGUUGCUCUUUCUGAAGUUCUGAUCAACAUGCUUCAAGACCCCGGCCUAAAGGAUGCAAUCUUGAUUAUUGAUGCGCUGGACGAAUGUUCCCAGGGCUUGCAUCAGAUUCUCGACUUCAUAGUGAGGAGCUUGUCUUUAUCUGCUCAGGUCAAGAUCUUAGUGUCGAGCCGUAACGAGUUAGAUAUCCAGAAGCGACUAGAAGACGCUGAAUGUACGUCAAGUGUGAGCCUUGAGCUCAAUUCGACUUCUGUUGUUGCAGCCAUUUCCUCCUACAUUCAAUACAAAGUCUGGGAUCUAAGGCUAGACGAUGAUGUCCAAGCCGAAGUCGAGCAAUAUCUCACCAAACAUGCAAACGGUACCUUUCUCUGGGUGGCUUUGGCCUGCGAUAAUCUCAAGAGAGUUCCAAGUUUUCAAGUACGCUCCGCAUUGGCUUCAUUCCCUCCAGGACUUGACCAUGUGUAUGAGCGAAUGUUGGAAAAGAUUUUUGGUCCGAAUGCGAGCGACCUUGGGAGGCGGAUUCUAGCUACUGUUCUCGUUGUCCACCGGCCUCUGACCAUUCUGGAACUAAAUUCUCUGGUGGGUUUUAUUCCAGAAGGGAUUGGAGAAAAUGAGCAAACACUCUACGCAAUUUCCGAACAGGUGAUGGGUCUUUGUGGCUCUUUUCUUGUUGUGCAAGACGAAACGGUUUAUUUCGUUCAUCAAUCCGCCAAAGAUUUUCUUAUCAAUAAAGCCGAUGACAUUUUCCAUUUAGGGAAUGUCCACCUUCAAAUUUUCUCUGCAUCUCUCUCAAAGAUGAAUAUGACGCUAAAGAAAGAUAUAUACGGUUUGGUUGAGCCAGGAUAUUCCAUAUACGAAAUUCCCACUAUGAAUCCCGAUCCACUCGGCGCUGUGCGGUAUUCAUGUGUUUACUGGAUUGACCAUUUUCUCAGCUCGUUUCCAAAAGACAGCUUCGGAAUCGAAUCGAAUGACUCAUACUACACACCUAUCCAAGAUUUCUUUCAGGCAAAGUAUUUAUACUGGUUAGAGGCACUGGUUCUCCUACGCAACAUUCCGCAGGGAGUUAUUAAAAUGCAGAAGCUAGAGAAGCAAGCAAAGGCAGAACUAGCAGCGCCAAUAAUAGACCUUAUCAACGAUGCCUGUCGGUUUAUCCAGGAGUUCGCAGAAGCCAUACAUGAGGCGCCUCUACAAACUUACGUAUCGGCUCUGCUUUUCAGCCCGCAAAGCAGCCUCAUUCGUCAGCUUUUUGAGAAAGACAUGCCGAAGUGGGUUAUUGUAGGGCCAAAACUGGAACCAAACUGGCGUCCGCGGAUGCUGGAAGGACAUCGAGGGCCCAUCAAUUCAAUCGCUAUUUCAGGCAAAGGUGACCGGCUAGCGUCCACAUCCUGGGAUAAUACUAUAAAGAUCUGGGACACUGACUCGGGUAUAUUUGUGUGCACAAUUUUCUGCGAUGAUGGGUGUGAUGGAGCUGUGUUUUCACCUUUGGAUAGUAACGAGCUGGCAUCUUAUAGUCGGAUCAGCAUAACACUUUGGAAUCUUUCGACAAAUGGGAAUCAAAAAAAGCUUCUGCCACAAUGCAACAGUCGUAUAGGAUCAAUCGCGUUCUCUCCUAGAAGGCAAAACAUCCUUGCGUUGUGUACUAAUGCCGGUGUUGAGCUCUGGAACACUGCUACAUGCGAACUUAUAUGGAUGCGUACGGCGUGGUGUGCAAUGAAUCUCGUCUUUUCAACUGAUAACGAUUUACUGGCAUGGUACUCUCGGAAUGCUAUGCAGAUCCUAGAUUUGACUACUGGCGAAAUCAUCCACAGAAGAGAAUCUACAAAUAUCAAAGGCAUUGUAUUUUCGUCCAACUGCAACUUCGUUGUGCUCGAAACCUGUGGUUAUAUCGAUCUCUGGGACUCAAUGAUGAACAGGAUGAUAUUGAGGCUUCAACAUGACGAGAAAGAUGGUGUCAACAACCUUUGUUUCUCAGCCGACAGCAGUUUAUUAGCGGCAAGUAUUAAGACUGACAUCUGGAUAUGGGACACUAGUUCAGGAAAAUUAGUUCAAAAGAUUACCGUUGAGAUGUUUCGUCGAAUGGCUUUCUCAGCAGACAAUGAACAGCUAUUUGUUGGCUCUCACUCGGGCACUAUUAAUAUAUGGGAUACCUCUUCUGGAAAGCGUUUGUGGAAGCUGAAACAAUCUGUGGUAGACAAUACGACGUUACUAUUCUCACUAGAUGGCAAAAGGCUGGCAGCAUUUUCUCUCAAGUCAAAUAGAUUUGAAUUAUGGGAUCUUGUAUCUGGCAGACGUACGACAACCAGCUUCCAGGAAAUUAGCUCACCAGAGUCAUUUCAUUCUUUUGUAAUGGCCUUCAACACUAUUUUUCAUCUUAAAGGCUUGCCCAGCCCCAAAGAUAGUUUUCGCGACAUAUUCGACAAGGCAGCGCACGUCUACGGAAAUUUAGGUCUCCCGGCCAAUGAAAGCAGCUAUAGCAUUACGGAAGAGAACACUUGGGUGACUUGGAACAAUAAAAGAGUUCUUUGGCUUCCGCCAAGGUAUAGG